GAAGAAUUUCUCUCCAUCUAUAUCAAGUAGAAGAGGCCGUGUGCCCCCUCCCCUCCUUAUUUUUCGGACCAACUUGUUUGACCACCGCUUCACUCUUUCAGCGGGCACUCAUUCGUUUGACCAUAUACCCAAUUCCUUGAAUUUCCGUUCUAUCCAACAUGAGGGGUGCUUUCUUGGCCGCCGCGGCUGCCGUCGCCGGUACCGCGAUGGCUGAUGUCGCCCACAUGCGUCGUCACGGCCAUGAGUCUUUCCACCACAACCGCGCUUAUCAGCCUGAGGCUCCCGCCGAGGGUGAUGAGAACUGCGAAUGCAUCACCAAGGUCAUCACCGUUACUGGCCCUCCCACUCUGAUCCCCAUCAACACCCCGGCUCCUGAGCCCAGCAGCAGCAGCUCUGAGGUCCCCAGUGUACCCAGCAGCAGCGUCGUGACCUCCGAGGCCGUCACCACCCUUCACUCCACCAGCACCGCCACCGUCACCGUGAUCACCACCCCUGGUGUUGAUGCCACCGGCGUUGACACUCCCACUGGCGGUGUCCCUGGCACCCCUGAGGCUUCCUCUCCGGCUGGAACCCCUGAGGCCUCCACGCCCGCCGUCCCUGAGACCCCUCUCCCCACCCCUGGAGUGACCAGCUUCUCCUCCACUGGUACCUACACCAUCCCCGCCACCACUGUCACCGUGCGGGAUACUACCACCGUCUGCGGUGCUACCACCACUGAGCUGCCCAGCGGUUCUCACACCUUUGGUGGUGUGACCACUGUUGUCUCGACCGCGACCACCGUCACCUGCCCCGUCGCUACCGUUGAGCCCAGCGGUUCCACUGUCACCAGCAAGAUCUACACCACCACCUAUGUCUGCCCCAGCGCUGUACCUACACCAUCGCCCCUACCACCACCU